AAAAUUAUACACAAGACAAAAAAGCUACAUUCAUUCCACUUUGAGGACGUUUUUUCAACUCUAACUUUUUCAUGCAUGGAAUAACAGUUUUGUCCUUGCUUUGUUGAGCACAAUCGCCGACUUUUUACUGUCUCUGACGCGUCGAUAAUGUGUCCCAAAAGGAUACAUUUACUUGUCUCUGGAAGUCUUGGCUAAUGCUGAAAAUGACGUAAUAUUGAUAGGUUUUAAAAAUACACCUGAUAGAUAAGCUCUUUUAUUUUAAAAUCAUUUAUGAAAAACUACUCAGAAUAAUAAAACUGUUGUUUUACCAUUUACAUCCUGAUUUAACGUCACAUGCAAUAUUCGUAGGCUUUUUGGCGUCAUCAAUUACUCCAAGAAAUGCGGUUGGCCUAUAGGUUUGACGGUUCCAUGAAGUUCCACCAAAACGCUUAUUAUUGGCUGGGUUCUGUUGUGGGCGGGGCCUGAGCUGUUGGUUAUGGCUCGGCUCGUGGCGCGCGCGCUGGCUACCUCCCUCUCUGGCGAAUUACUGUCGCGGCCGGGUGGUUCCGGGUGUUGGUGUUGGAGGAGGUUCUGUGGGACAAGUCCUGCCACUUUCACGCGCACCAUGACGCCCCCUCCGAAGUUCCCGACCGUCAAGCUGGCCAGCGGCUAUGAGAUGCCGCUCUUCGGCCUCGGCACCUGGAAGUCGGAGCCGGGCAAGGUGAAGGAGGCGGUGGAGACGGCGCUGUCGCUCGGCUACCGGCACAUCGACUGCGCCCGGGCCUACCAGAACGAGGCUGAGGUCGGCGAGGCGCUGCGCAACAAGAUCGCCGACGGCACCGUCAAACGCGAGGAUGUCUUCAUCACCAGCAAGCUCUGGAACACGUUCCACUCGCCGGAGCUGGUUAUGCCCGCUCUGAAGAAAACCCUGGAGGACCUCGGCCUCGACUACAUCGACCUUUACCUCAUCCACUGGCCCAUGGGCUACAAGGAGGGCGGCGAGCUCUUCCCGAAGGACGCCGACGGCAAGAUGCAGUUCUCGGACGUGGACUACCUGGACACGUGGAAGGCGCUGGAGGAGGGCGUCAACACCAAGCUGGUGCGCUCGCUGGGUGUCUCCAACUUCAACGAGGAGCAGAUUGAGCGCGUCAUGGCUGAGGCUAAGGUGCCCGUCUGCGUCAACCAGGUGGAGUGCCACCCGUACCUGACCCAGAAGAAGCUGAUGGAGUUCUGCGCAUCCAAGAACAUCGUCGUCACAGCCUACAGCCCGCUGGGCUCCCCAGACAGGCCGUGGGCCAAGCCCGGUGACGUGGAGCUGAUGGACGAGCCCAAGCUGAAGACGAUCGCCGAGAAAUACAACAAGUCGGUGGCCCAGGUGCUGAUCCGCUACCAGCUGCAGCGCGGCAACGUCGUCAUCCCCAAGUCGGUCACCCCCAGCCGCAUCAAGGAGAACAUGGAGAUCCUCGACUUUGAGCUCAGCGCCGACGACGUCGCCGCCAUCGACUCGUUCGACAACGGCGGCCGGUUCUGCGGGCUCUCGUGGAUGAGCCACCACAAGUAUUACCCGUUCAACGCCAAGGCGUAACCCUGCGCCCGACUUCCGAUGCUGUUUCAUGAUACCUGCCACUGUUAAUACACGUCCGCUGGGAGCGGAGCCAGUCA